CGCUAUAAAAGCCCGCGGCCGGACGCGGACGUGCCAAAUGGGCUGUCACACGCGGUGCCUGGGAGCUAUCCGCGGAUUGGACGUUUGGAAGAUUUGCACACCGUCGCGUCUGGAAACUCUCUCGAACCUCGUGCCGGACCAGAAGCAUGGACUCUGAUACGAGCCGCGUGUCGAGCAGACCCUCCUCGCCCGAGGUGGACGACAUCUUCCUGGCCACCCUGAAGAAGUCCGUGCACGGCUUCUCCGGCGCCGUGUCGUCCACGCAGGGCGACCUGCCGUCGGACAUCGCGUGCCUGCGCGGCCUCAGCGACGAGGAGGCGCUGCUGCGGCUCUCCAAGAAGGACCGCAAGCUGCUGUCGGAGAACGAGCUGCAGACGAUCCGCCUGAAGAUCAACAGCCGCGAGCGCAAGAGGAUGCACGACCUCAACGUGGCCAUGGACGGCCUGCGGGAGGUCAUGCCCUACGCGCACGGGCCGUCGGUGCGCAAGCUCUCCAAGAUCGCCACGCUGCUGCUGGCGAGAAACUACAUCCUGAUGCUGAGCAACUCGCUGGAGGAGAUGAAGCGGCUGGUGAGCGAGAUCUACGGCGGCGGCGGCGGCGGCGCGCACCACGGCGGCUUCCACCCGUCGGCCUGCGGGACUAUGGCGCACGCGGGGCCCGUGCCGGCGCACCCGGUGGCUUCGCACGCCGCGCACCCGGCGGUGCACCACCCGCUCCUGCCGCCGGUCUCCGCCGCCUCGCUGGCCGCGCCCGGCAUCUCCGCCGUCACCUCGGUCAGACCCCACCACGGACUCCUCAAGGCCCCCACCGCCGGCGCGGGCCCGCUGGGCAGCAGCUUCCAGCACUGGGGCGUGGGCACCGGGAUGCCCUGUCCGUGCAGCAUGUGCCAAGUCCCGCCUCCGCAUGUGUCCAGCAUGAGCGCGGUGGCCAUGCCGCGGCUGGCCAGCGACUCCAAGUGACUCCGAACCACACGUGGAAACGAACUGGUUGCUACAGACUCAUGACGCUUUUUACAUUUUUAUUUUUAUUUUAUUUAUCUUUGAUGCUGAAUCCGUUGCGUCGACGGAGCCAGAAAAAGACAAAUGCAUUGAUUUUUUUUUUUUUUCCUUCACUGGAACUUUGUGGUUUGGCGACUAACUUUAAGUGUUUUAUGGUAAAUUAACCUCAGUUGUAACCGGUGUCUUUUCCUUCUAAAGCACAACGAAUAUGAUCUGAAUUCUGGAAAUAUUUGAUGGCCCCAGGCUUCUGUUUGAUCAGAUGCUCUGAUCAGUGAGGCAUCAUUGGCAAAGACCCCCAACUUGAAUCGAACCACAACUAUAGUGUAAAUAUGUAGAUGGAUUAAUCAGUUUAAAUAGUCGGAGAUAUUAUAUAUUAGAGUCUUGUAAUUUGGGGAGACCCCCCCCCCCCCCCCCCCCCUUCACAUGUUGCACCUGCUUUAUUCUAUCCCCUUCUAAUUCUAUAUGCUUCUCUCCCCUUACUUUCUGCCCAGUGGGCUUCUCCUUCACUGCCCCCCCCCCCCCCCACACACACGAUGACCACUACUUCUUUAUUUUUUUAAUAAAAAAAAAAGACAAGAAAAUGAUAUUUAUUUACUUAUUUCUAAGGGGAUGGAUUUCAGAUGGAUCUCUGGUUAUGUUGGGAUUUUUGAAAUGUAAAAUAAAGACGAUUAAUUGAAAAAGGGAAAAACAAGUCUUUGGUGAUGUCUUUUCUUUAAAAAAUAUAUGUAUUUUUACUUCAUAUGACACAAGUUGACAUGAGAUUUCAAAAGCAGCACUUUUGUCAACAGGCUUUCGGCCGGAACACCAACAUUAUUACAGGUGACAUCAAACAAAACACCUCAACAUAUUUUAUACAAACUAAAAAAAAACACAGCAGGUCUUUUUUAUCACAGUGAUAAUUAAACUAAUUUAUUGAAACUAAAUUCAAUGAACAUUAACUUUUAUAUUGAUUGUAAUUUUGACAGAACCGGACCAAUACUUUGAUAGAUGGGAACUGUCCAAAAUGUUUUAUCUUUUUUUUUUUUUUUUACUUUUAAAUGAACCUAAUGGCCUUCAUCAAGUUUUGCUUAUAUCUUCAUAAAGUAUUUAAAAAAAUGCAUUGAUUUCAUGAAUAUGAAAUCUAUCUGAGAAUUUUGUGUUUUUCAGAAAAUCCCAUGAACAACGUCUGCAGUGUAAAAUCAUGGAUAAAAUAAAAACAACAAGGCUUUUGGUUCUUA